AUGGCGUUGCUGUCUGUGACGGCCAAUGCAGCAAGCUGUCAGCUUUCAGCUUAUUCAUGCCUCGCCUCAAAUUCUGCUGCUUAUGCAUACUGUACCUCUGCACUCGGUGUUGCAACAGAAGCAGUUGUCACCUCUCUGGAUGUUAUAUCAAGGACCAAGACCCUCACGGAUGUGCCCACUAGCACGGUCACCAUCACCUCGACUGAAUCAAUUGUCUCUAAGAGCACUACAACAACAUUUACGACAUCUUCUGCCAAAGCAACUGGCAAACGACGCAGAGUGAGAUUAUCAUGCGAUACAGCCGAGGAUAUUCUAUCUGGGAUGGACAAGUCAGAGCUGUCAGAAGCCUGCUCUUGUAUCGGAGCACUGCCGUCUAUCGAAGCUGGUCUGCUCAAGGCAGCACCAUCGACCACGACACUAACUGGCGAAAUAUGGUUCACUGUGGCGCCCGAAGUCACGACGUCAGUCACACAGACUAUAUCGACAACUUCUGUGUCAACAGUCAAGAUGGCAGCACCUUCAUUCACUCAGGUCUGGGGACCGAAAGCUGGCUGUGACGAUAUAGGCAUGGAGUGGUCGCAAACAUUCAUGCUUUCAACUCUGAACGAGUCAGUGGUUACUGACGCUUGCAAAAGUACCUGCAUAGAAAAACCGGAUUGCAUGUCCUUGUAUGUCCAGUUGACCUAUCCAGCGAACAACUUCUGGAGCUGCUACUACAACAACCAUACAUUUGAUGAGAAGAAGGAUCUCGAUUGCAGCAAAGACGCUUCGAUAUGGGGCACUGCUAAAGGUCACAGUGUCGUUGGACGGCCUUGA